UCGCGCUCGCUGCCAUUUUGCACGGAUCCGCUGUGAAGCAUGGCGGUGGAGAUGAGGCUCCCAGCGGUUCACAAACAUAUUUCACUGGCAGCAUCACAGUCUAACCGGGACGACAAACAUCUGGUGGUUCCUGGCGAUGUCAUCACAUCUGACACGGGCUUCAUGAGAGUUGGAGCAGAGGUUCAGUCAAUCUUCUCAGAUGGCGCUCUCUCUCUGCACACACGCAGUUUAAAAUACGGCAAGCUGGGUCAGGGUGUGCUGGUGUUCGUGUCACCGUCGAUAGUGAAGAGACAGAAGACUCAUUUCCACAACCUGCCAUGCGGCGCCUCCAUAAUACUGGGCAACAACGGCUAUGUGUGGCUGUAUCCCACACCGGGACAGCAGGACGAGGAGGCCGGAGGAUAUUACACCAGCAUGGAGCCCGUGUCUUUGUCCGAUCGGGAGGUGAUUUCCAGGCUCAGGAACUGUUUGUUGGCUCUUGCGGCUCAUAAGGUUUUGCUGUACGACACAAGCGUGCUUUACUGCUACGAAGCGUCUCUUCCGCAGCAGAUUAAAGAUAUCCUGAAGCCAGAAAUCAUGGAGGAGAUCAUUCUGGAAACAAGGCAGCGCCUAGUUGAGCAUGAAGGAUAAACCACUGACUUCCAUGUAAACCCUCAUCAUUUCAAAUGUUGGAAUAAAUGAAUUUGUCAGAAAA